AUGUUUGGCAAGGUCGACAUAGAAGUCCAGGCCGCACCUGGAGCUGGCAUAGUUAGCAGCUUUGUCCUGCAGUCCGACACCCUGGAUGAAAUCGACUGGGAAUGGCUCGGUGCCGACCCUGACCAAGUACAGACCAACUACUUUGGCAAAGGUCAAACGACAACCUACAAUCGCGGCGCCUUCCACGCCGACCCUGGCAGCCAGAGAGGAUUCAAAAAGUACACUAUCGAAUGGACCCCAGAGCAGAUUGUCUGGCAGAUUGAUGGCGUCACUGUCCGAACCCUCGAGCCCGCCAACGCCCAGAACCAAUAUCCUCAAUCGCCUAUGCAGGUCAAGUUCGGCGCCUGGAGUGGAGGGGACCCAGCCAACAGUCCCGGUACGAUCCAGUGGUCCCGAGGCCCAACCGACUACUCCAACGGCCCUUACACGAUGAAGGUUCGUUCCCUACAGGUCCAGGACUACUCCACAGGCACCCAAUACGUCUACACUGAUCAAUCCGGAACCUGGGGCUCCAUCAGAUCCGUUGGUGGUACCAUAUUCUCGGGCGGCAACGCUCCAGUCCAAAACGCGCCUGAAGUCACUGCCACCGCCAGCGGCCAACCGAUUCCUUUUACCCCCAGCCAAACCUCCAAUGUCGAUCGCCCCAGCGUCUUCCCCUGGAUCCCCAACCCAUCAGCCUCGCAGCCCCCACAGUCCACCUUCUCCAACUAUCCCGGGCUACCAGCCGGGUGGACCGUUUCCGAUACAGGCAAAGUGGUUCCACCCAGCUCAGCCACUCCCUUCCCUCAAGAUUCUUAUUCCUCACCGCCGCCGGCUUCGCCUACGGCUUCGGCUUCAUCCACCGUCUCUGAACCCAUCGUCUCGCCCGGAUAUGACGACAAAGGCUUCAGCACGGUCUUCACCCUCUCUCCCACCGCCACAGCCACCACUCCUCCCAGCCUGCAAAACGCAGCCGCUAGUGCGGUCCCCGCUGCCCCCGCAAGCAACGGUGCCAUCUCGUCCGUGGCGAUUCCAUCUUGUCUCGCCCUUGUCCUUGGCCUCGUCUACGCCAUCUUCCCAGCCCAGUGGCAACUUCUCUAG